CUAACAUGCAUAAUGUUUAAAAAGGACUUGGAAGACACUGGCAGAGACUAAUCCAAUAUUAUUCUGCUUCUUUUUAGAUUUUUAUUCUUGGUUAGCAGUUUUCUGGCGAUUUGGACCAGUGAUUCCCAACCAUUUUGCAGGUUCCAAGAUAAUGGCGGCCAUAACUGCACCUAGCUUUGCCAUUAAUAGAACGACUGCAACUGAAGAAGACGGGUCGAACGACUUUUCAGACUAUGAAACAGAACUUCUAUCUACUACGUUGGAAAAUUCUCUCAACAUCAUGUCAAUUGUCAUUUACUCUCUGGCUUUUAUCCUGGGUUUGCUGGGCAAUGGCUUAGUGAUCUGGGUAACAGGAUUCAUGAUGAAGAAAACUGUUAACACUGUAUGGUUCCUGAACCUUGCUGUGGCUGACUUUCUCUUCACAGCUUUCCUUCCACUGAGUGUAGUCUACAUCGCUUUGAAAUUCCACUGGCCUUUCGGGGCAUUCAUGUGUAAGCUUAAUACUGCAGUUAGCACUCUUAACAUGUAUACCAGUGUUUACAUAUUAAUGGUGAUAAGUAUUGACCGAUGUGUGGCUGUGGUGUUCCCUGUUUGGGCCCAGAACCACCGUAGGGUCAAGAGGGCUUCCCAUGUGAGUCUUUGUGUUUGGGUAGUGGCUCUGAUUCUAAGCAUUCCACCCUUCAUCUUCAGGGACACAGGACCGGCAACCUCGGGCAGAGAUGUUACUCACUGCUUCAACAACUAUGCAUUUUCUGAUGACGACACACCCGAGUUAAAUCAGCUUCGACUGUUUCGCCAAAAGUCCCUAGCCCUGACUCGCUUCUUCCUAAGUUUUGUGAUCCCCUUCAGCAUCAUUGUCGCCUGUUAUGCUGUCAUCAUCCAUCGCAUCAGAAAGAAUGCCAACCUGGUUGGCCGAUCAAGUCGCACUUUUAAGAUCAUUGCUGCUAUUAUAAUUGUUUUUUUCCUCUGCUGGGCUCCCUUUCACAUCCUUGUUUUGGUGGAAGUAGCCAGUCAUGAGCUCAGAAGUGUAGUACUCCUAAAAGUUGUAAUGAUCGGGAGUCCAAUAGCCACAAGCUUGGCCUAUAUCAACAGUUGCCUUAAUCCGUUUCUCUAUGUGUUCAUGGGACAAGAUUUUAAGGAUAAAGCAUUCAAAUCAAUUUUGAGAGCACUGGAGAAUGCUUUCCAGGAGGAAGACGCUCAUGCAGAUUCAAAGACAUUUGAACUAGGUCAGGUAAGUAGUUAAAAAAUAAACAUUUUAAAAAAAUAAAAUAAAAAAAGGAGUCCCCAGCACAGAAAAAUUGCAUAACAUACAAAAAAGAUUAUCAUUUUUAAAAGCAAGUGGCAAAAACAUUGAUUCGCCCUUAUUUCUUUAAUUGUUAAUGUAGUAGUUCAAGAUGCAAGUCAUUUUCCAAUAUCCGCGACUCUUAUAUGCACAUGAUCUGUCACAAAUAGAGUGUGUCCUUGUUAAAGGUUCUCUGAAAUAUUAUUUUUUUAUUUGAUAGCAAUCGCUUUUGUAACCGGAUUAUGCAUGUAUCCGCCCUCCACAAUGUUUUUCCAUGCUCACUAAUAUUAGUAGCACAGAUCACUGUGUCUGCCCCUUCCUGGUUCUAAACUGAGCCAGAUUAAUCUUAAAGCAUAUAAAGCAUCAUUUAGAUGUAUACAUCGGCAUUUGCCGUGGUUUACUUCUAUCGUUUCCAUUCCUGCAUGAUGAGUUUCUGUCUUUGUUACAUUUAUUUCACGAUCACUUCACUGGAAGCCACUUUGUUCGGUUUCGGUCAACUUUGUUUCUUGUCAAUAUCCUAUGUCAACGAUGAUAUUUAGUCCUGAUACCAUAGAUGCCACAUGUAUACUAUAUACAGAGCUAUUUUUAAUUAUUUUUGUCACCAUUUGUUUACUAUUCAAUAAACACAACAUAGCCAAUGGAACUUGUAUUUAAAAUUGCUAUAAAAUUUCUCAAUUUUCAGCCGAUUUUCAAACGGCCUGGUUUUUCAUCAGUAAGGGUGGUUAAACUGAGAUCCCAACUAUGGAAUUUCAUCGCACCCAAUGA